CGAUUUUGAUCACCUUCUAAAUAACAACAUGCUUCAAUAUCAAUUUGUACUUUGACUUGAUUCAGCUUCCAUCUAAUCCAGUUUGCCGGCCCUUUCUCGGCCUCGACAUCGACACAUAACAGUGACAAACCCGCUUAGUGUUGUGAGAACAUUGAAACAAAAAAAGGCAGAGCAAUACCUACCGUCCACCAGUCCCAAACAACACUGCUCCGGCAGCCGACCAUCUCUCAACCCGACCAUGUCUCUGAACUCGCAAAAGAAGCCCGUCAUCGCCGUGGUGGGCGCUGGACCGGGCAUUGGCGAAGCCGUGGCCCGCCGCUUCGUGGCCGAGGGCUUCUGCGUGGCGCUCCUGGCGCGCACCGAGGACAAGCUGCGCAAGAUGGCGCAGGGCAUCGACGCCGACUACGGCGCGGGCGCGGCGCACUACUACAUCACGGACCUGCGGCAGGAGGAGUCGGUGGUGACGAGCUUCCAGUGCAUCCGGGCGGAGCUGGGCCCCGUGGGCGUGCUGGUGUACAACGCCGGGGCGCGGCGGGUCAACGGGCGGUCGAUCCUGGACACGACGUCGGAGGAGUUUGAGAACUUCACCAAGAUCAACCUGUUCGGGGCCUUCUGGGCGACCAAGUGCGUGCUGCCGGACAUGCUGGCGGCGGGCCGGGGCACGAUCCUGCUGACGGGCGCGACGGGGGCCCUGCGCGGCAACCCAGGCCUGGCCUCGUUCUCGCCGGGCAAGUUCGGCCUGCGCUCGCUGGGCCAGAUCAUCACGCGCGAGUACCAGGCCCAGGGCAUCCACGCCGCGCAUAUCAUCGUCGACAGCCCCGUCGACGGCAAGCUGAUCGGCGAGUGGUCCCGCCGCCAGUGGCAACGCACGGGUCAGGCCGACAAGCUCGACGACGUCUCCGGCCACCUCGUCGCCCCCGCUGACCUGGCCCAGACCUACUGGUUCUUGCACACCCAGCCGCGCAGCGCCUGGACGCACGAGUUGGACGCCCGCCCGCAGAAGGAGAAUAUGUUUUCCAAGUUGUGAAGGAAAGGGAAGGCCUCGGGUCCGGCUACAUAGGGACGUUUGGUUCGUUAAUCAGGAGUAAUUUUGCCUCAGAGUCAAAAAUCCCCGGCAUUCUGACAUAGGUGUUUUUGGGAUGAAUGGAUCAAGCUUUUUACAAUCAGAUACAAUCUUCGCAUGUUGGCCCAUGUUCAUGUGUCCUGCUUUCGCAGCUAGGGCCCAUCGGGCUCGAUCCACGGUACCCAAAUGAUGAUAAGUUGUUCC